ACUGGGGGUUACCAUAUUUGGUAAGGGCGUUCCACGCGGCACGAAGUACGUCCCUUCAACGUCACCUCCGGUUCUCUCUUUCCCGUCCGAUCCCUUAACAUGGCGCCGCUCAAACAGAAGAGACCAACUGUUGGCAAGAAGGCCAAAAAGGGAGCUUCAUGGAAGUUCACCUUGGACCUGACCCACCCUGUGGAGGAUGGGAUCCUGGACUCUGCAAACUUUGAAAUCUUCCUCAAAGAGAGGAUAAAGGUCAACGGAAAGACGGGGAAUCUGGGUAACAUCGUCCAGGUCGGCCGCAUGAAGAACAAGAUCAACGUCACGUCUGAGAAGCAGUUCUCCAAAAGGUAUCUGAAGUACCUAACGAAGAAGUACCUGAAGAAGAACAACCUCCGCGACUGGCUGAGAGUGGUGGCAUCCGACAAGGAGACGUACGAGCUGCGUUACUUCCAGAUCAGUCAGGACGACGAGGAGUCGGAGGCAGAUGAAUAAACAGCUGUCUGUGUGUCAGGAGAAUAAAUGUGGAAAAGAACA